UAAGUUUUUUGCUACCAUGCGUUCGAUCCCGGUCAGUGGCUCAUCAAUUCAUGGUAUCCAGAAUCGUUAACUGUGUCACGUGCUUUAGUGAGCUGCCAGAGUGCUCCAGAUACCUCUUCCUCUACAGGAGUAUACACCCUUCUCAACCCUGACGGCAUGCUCGGUUCAAUGGCAACUGGUUCCAAUGUAUCAUCCUUGCAGAGGAACAAAAUUGUGCAGGAAGCAUAGACCUUUGAGGACAGAGUAGAGAAUUUAAAUAUUCAACUACAUAGGAAAAUGAGCUAUUUCUCUGCAGCAUAAAACUUACACUACUCUUCCUUUGAAAGUAAACACCAGAAUACUAACAGUACGCUUGCACAAACCUACUAUAAUCUUCUAAUCAAAUUUUGUCCAACUUGGACAAGAUAUUAGGAAUAGUAUUGCAUCUUACAUAUGAGGAAAUUUGUAUUGAAAGAAACCUUUUCUAUCCCUUGAUUGUAGGUAUCUAUUUUGAAGUGUUUAAAAUUGUUUCCAAGUAAUUACAUUGAAGAAAUCAUUGCAUGAUAGUCAAAGACUAGAACAUUUAACAUAUCUGAGAAAGAUACUCAACACGAAAGAUGAACAGAUACAUAGUUAAAACUCUAAAUUGGCACACAUGUAUGCAGGGUGUCAAGAUGAAUGUAUUGUGUCAAAAAACUCUGAAUCCAGUUAUCCAAAUAGGGAAGAAGGAGAAGAUAAUUAAAAAUUACUCUAAUAAGUUGCUAUAGUUCCAUGUUUACAGCUUGCUUUUUCUUCAUGCAGUCAUAGAAAUACUCGUGGGUUCCAUUUCCAUCUACACAUCUUUGUUGAUUCCAUUCCUUCUAUCUAUUGGUUCACACUUUUCCAACUUCUCUCACUGAAAAUGUUAUUUAGUAAUUUUAGGAUCUUUUUUGCUAUCAAAGGGCUAGGUGGAUACAAUAUUUAACAACACCAAACUUUUUUUUUUCUCAAGUUGAGACAAUUUCCUCAUUAAAACACCCCUCUAUGUAGUGAUCUUAAAUGCGAGAAAUUAAACGUAAAACAAGUUUUUUCAAACUAGAACAAUCCAGAUUCUUCUCCAAUUUGGAUGGACUCUAAUUUCUCUCAUCUGCAGUAGCCUCAUAAAUACCCAUUCCUUGCAUAUCUAAUUUCCAUCAGAUAUUGUCUUACAAACUUGAUGUGCAAGAGAUUUUAAGUUGAGAAAUGCAAAUGGCAUUUUCAUCUGUUCCUGAGGAAAUUAGCAAAAUGUUUUACAGCUUGGACGAAAAUGGUGAUGGCAGGUUGUCUGGCCAUGAAAUAAUUUGCUUCCUCAACAAGCUUGGAAUAAGUCUGUCAAAACGAGAAUUGAAGUGUUUGGGAAUGAGCACCUCCCAGAACGAAGAUGGCAGCUUAAGUUUUGAUGAAUUUGUUGUGCUUUACCAAUCUGUUAUGGGCGAGAGCAGCAAAAAUAUCAGUAAUAAAGAGUUAGACGAUGAGUUGAAGGAGGCAUUCAAGAUUUAUGACACUACUGAAGAUGGGUAUAUAUCUUGUGCAGAGCUUCAACAAGUUUUGUGUAGAUUGGGAUUAAUGGAGAAGGGCGGUCAUUGUGUGGAAGAGUGCCAAAAAAUGAUAUGCAGAUAUGAUUUGAACUCAGACGGCCUCAUAGACUUCUCUGAAUUUAAAAGCAUGAUGACUAAGAUGACAUCUAGUUCUGCCUAGCCUUCAUGUAGUUUCAUUACUCUGAGGCUGAUUAGGAUAUCAACAAUAUUCUUGUAUAUAUUUUAAAAUUUCAACUUUUGUUGGCCUAGAUGCUCCUUUGAGCUAUAUUUGUAGCCUGUCUAAAAAAUGUUAGAAAACAUGACUUAUUAAUAAGACCAAGCUUUGUGUUGCAGUUCCAUUUGAUGACAACCAGCUUAAUUUCUAGAAAAGAAAUGUUCAUUCUCAUACUAGUAAAUAAAAAGAGAAGGUUCGACAAAUUGCUAAUGAAAAUAGAUUGUUUGAGUCCUGAACACUUUCAAUUACAUAUGCUAAU